GUCGCAUAAUGAAAGUACCGUAAGUCAGUGAAUAGGAUGAAAGGGUGAGCCUGAUUGAUCUUUGGAACAAAACAAUGCAAAGUUCACACUUUAAAUGUCUCCUAAAAGUGCAUCCAAGGAUGGUUGAUCCUCACUUUUAUUGUAAGCUAAAACAGGCGCAAGUAUCUGUAUCACUCUCAGUCUGAAAGUGAUCACUUCCGAGAGUUGAGUGACGAAUAGGGAAAUAAAUGUCACCGAAUUACUCGCCUCCUCCUAGCUGUACUGUUUGUGGCUACGGAUUCAACCAUUUGCUUUCAGUUCUUUAUUGGCCAUCAAUCUGUGUACAACGAGCCCUUAGAUUAUGAGCACACGAUUGUGAUUAACCGGGUGCAAUCCAAACUCAUAAUAGUUGGGGAUUUUGGAACAUCAUUGGACUUGAAGUAUUAACGCUGUCCCCAGUGGGGAAAAACGUUAUAUCACGCUAAGGGGAUGGAGUCCAUAAUGAAAACCAGGAAAUCCGUCUACUUGAGCAAACUAUUCAGAACCUCGGUCCUCUUUGGUUGCUUCUUCUCAUUUGGAUUUUCUCGAAGUCUGGCUGGCCCUACCAUGUUGGAAUUGGAAAAGCAAGUGCACGGGAAUGCCAAUACAUUUCAAAUCGUAUUCCUUUUGGGAGCUAUCACUUUCCCCUUGGGAAAUAUUCUGGCGGGGUUUAUCAUGGACAAAAUAUCACCAUGCUUGAUCCUGUUCUUUGCCACUCUCAUAUUGUCGUUCUCCAAUUGCUCAAUCCCAUUUUCGCCCAAUAUCACCGUUUUGGCCACGGGGACGUCUUUCUCCGAGUUUGCCCUCGGGUUGAUCGACACAGGAGCCAAUGUGUAUUGUCUUCAAAUUUGGUGAGAAAGCAGUGGACCAUAUUUCAGUGCCUUGCACAUGGCCCAAGGGAUCGGCUUCCUGAUGGCCCCUAUCUUGGCGGAGCGAGUCCUCACCACGGCUAUCGACUC